CCGGCGGCUCAGGGAGCGUGCUCGACGCCGCCUCAUCGCCCCGCGCGCCACCCGCGACCCGCGGCCCCGCGCGUGGCACGCGCCCGAAGGCCGCGGCUGAGACGCCGGAGACGCGGCGGGUGGAGCCCCGCUGGCCUCCGAGUCCUGAGCUGGGGAUAUAGUUCAGUUGAUAAUGUCCUUGGCCUGCAACCAUGAAGAUCUGAGUUAGAACACCAGAACCCACACAAGAAAAAGUCAAGCUGGUAACCCGAUCACUGGAGAGUGAGAGAGGGGAAGAUUUUCUGGGGCUUGAUGCUCGAGUUAAAGCAAAUAUGUCGAAACGGGAGUGUGGUUUGGAAAGUGGAGCAGCAGCAGACAGGCAGGCGGCGCACACAGGUCACUCUGCACAGGCCCCGACCGGCCGUUGCUGUCUGGGUGAUGCCGGCCCAAUGGCAGUUAUUCCCAGGGGAGCUCACCGUAGUUCCAGCAAAAGCACCACGCCUUUUACAGAAAGGCCCGGAAUCGGACGUCACAGAUUCGCCCUCACCGUGCCUUUUCCGACUUGUUUGGAAGCAGAAAUCGCCUGUGGAUCCUUAGCUCCUGAUGUGGAACCACACCAACGACUUGUAGGGAAGGAGCUUAAAGCGAGCGGUGGCUUGCUGGAGGUGCGCUGGAGCGCAGAAGACCCUCGGCUCCUCCGAAUCUCCAUCAUCAACUUUCUGGACCAGCUUUCUCUCGUGGUGAACACCAUACAGCGCUUUGGGCCUCCUCUUUCCCGUUAAGCCUGGCUGAAAAAAAAAAAAAAAAAAAAGAUUCCAGAAAUAGCAGCUGCUACCUAACUGAAGGGGCCUGCCUAAUUUUUUUUUUUUUUUUUUUUCUUGCCUGAUUUGGUUCUCAGGCACUUAGGGGUCAUUUGGUUUGAUGCUUAAGAAAAUAAGUUCUUUGUUGAUGAAGAAAAUAAUGCUGUGCCUCUAAUCUGAAAAAAUAAAGAAAUAAAGCAAAUAUGUGAAUUAAAUUUUUUUCCAAACUAGUGGUAAAAUAAAAGUUAACCUUUCCCUCCCACCCCAAAGUCCUACUUUUCUCUAAAAGUAAUCAGUUUUCUUUAUCAGAGUCUUAUCAAUUUUU